AUGGGCGACAAUGUAGCCAACAGCCAGAGGGAGGAAGCACCGUUUCCUCUCACAGAUGUUGACAAGUGGGUGCUUUCACAGACGGAUGAGGAGUUUAGAAAGCACGACUGGGAAGACUUGAAGCAGGUGAUCGGUAGGGCGAACCAUUUUCCCCUUCACCAGGCGAACAAAACACCAUUUCAGGGUUUUGCUGACUCGGCCGUAGAAACCAACAAUCUCUCUGUGCUAAAACGCGUCCCCUCAGAUCUGAAGCGAUACAUAAAAUGGACGGCUAAGACCAAGGCCCAGUACGGCAGCAUGACGCAGUAUCUCCUCGCCAACCGGCUGCCCAAGUCGUGGGGGCAGCCUCCUUUCUCGCCAGAGUCUGAUGUCCCGUUCGACAGGGAGUCGGACUACAAGGUCCUCUUGAAUGACUGGCCGUAUGGACUUGAGUCUAACAUUACACACAUAGUGGUGUGGACGCGUACGUUUAUUGCGACGGAUGACGAUAAGGGGGAUUUGACGCCCGAGAGUAGAGCUAUGGUGGAGGCUUUUGUGAAGAGAUAUUUUAUUGACUCAUUGGGUGAGGGGGGCGCUGACAAGGUUCUUUGGUUUAAAAAUUGGGUUGCAUUGCAAAGCGUAAGGGCGCUAGAGCAUAUUCACGUCUUGGUGAGGGAUGUGGACGAUGAUAUGUUGGAGCGGUGGUCUGGGGAGAGACCGAGGCGAAAUGUCUGA